UAACCUGCCAAAGCAGCUGAUAAUUUCACAAAAUAUUGUUGUUUGUAAAUAAAACGCAGAAAAAGUCCCUUUUUCCUGCAAUUAGACGUAGUGAAGCGUGAAUAAUUGGCGAACAAUGCCAUAUUUGUAAUCUUUAUUCUGGGAAUCUCUCCCAAUUUUAGCCGAUGAGUGAUAAUCGCGAUUUAAUCCCGGACUAAUUUGGUGGUUUUUCUGGGCUCUCUCUUGGCGACUCCCUUAAUUUUUUUUAGUGAUUGUCUUAAAUUAGACCAAUAAUUCUGUAGGGAAUACAGACAGAAGAGAACCCAGAUAAUGUCAAAGCUCUACCUUCUCCCAAUUGCGGUCUAUCUGCUCUUCCAGGUCACCUUCUUGGGCACAUACAUCGCUGCCAUAGUUCAGGGUCAUGUUGUGCCCACCAUCCCUUACAUUAGCGAUGCGGCGACUUAUUCCCCGGAGAGUUGCGUCUUCGGCCAGCUGAUAAACAUGGGCUGCGUUUUGCUUGGCAUCGUGAUCUACAUUCGCUUCCGGCAAAUCUGCGUCCUGUGCGACUAUCACGCCGAUCUGAGGGACUCCACGGCGAAGCUGAACGGCCGGGCGCUCUGGAUUGGCUUCGGUUCGUGCCUGGGCAUCAGCAUUGUGGCCAACUUCCAGGAGACCAACAUCCACGUGAUCCACCUCGUGGGCGCGUUCCUCUGCUUCGGCCUCGGCACUGUCUACUUCUGGAUCCAGGCUGUGAUCUCCUACUACCUGCAGCCGUACGUGGGCAGCAUGUUCAAGGCGCACGUGCGCCUCUUCCUCUCCGUCGUGUGCACCAUCUUCUUCAUCAUGGUGGCCGUGACGGGGAUCAUCUCGCACAUCCUGUUCCGCGGCGAGGAUCCCAGGAAGUGGUAUCCCUCGGACGGCGGCUGGAAGUACCACGUGGCCAGCUCCAUCUCCGAGUGGAUCGUCGCCACCACCUUCUGCUUCUACAUCCUCACCUUCACGGACGAGUUCCGCAGCCUCUCCGUCGACCAUCCGACCAUCCGAAUCCUCGAGUACGAGAUCCUGGUGGACGCAGACCUCGUGAGGAACUCCGACAGCAGCCCCCUGGCACCCUCGACGCCCCCGCCGACGCCCCAGAACAGCGUCAUUCUCCUCUGAGCAUAUUUAUUUGAUAGAAAGUGUGAAUAAAGUGAUGAAAUUUUAAACACCCGCGCUUUUACAGCCAUCUGCGCCCUCUGCACGAGCAUAGCGAAGCUGAAGCAGUGCGCAGUGAAAAUAAAAGUGAACUUUGAUCCCUUUUGACAGCCGGCAAAGUGUCAAAACAGCCCAGUGACAAGCAUAAAAUUUCACUUUUCAGUGCUUCUAUUGCAGAUAAAUACAAGUGACUAAUUGUGAAAUUCGCACAAAUUCAGAGCAAUUGAGAGCCAGUGAACAGUGGAAGAAGUCUCAGUGAAGACAAACACAUCAGAAUAAGUUUGGACUGCUCAUCAUCUGGCGCAGGAGGAAUUUUCCAUCGCGCACGCCGUCCAAGGAAGGGCAAAAGAAAAAGUUCACAGAGACGCAGAGGAGUGGCU